GCGUACUCCGGGCACGCCCUCGUGGCAACGGGUCCAUGACUGAAAAACAUUGAACCCGACUAGCUCGCCGAACAGUUUCUUGUGGAACGUGCACGAACAGGACUCCUGACAACUUGCGCCCAGCUCAGCGCGGGAUCACAUUAAAAGACGGAGACCAUGCAGUGUCCAGCGGAGUGCGUGCCAAUGCAGCCCAACACCUACGAGCGACUGAAAGAUCCCCGGGAUGCGGCGAUGAUCAACGAUGCGUCGCCGCGGAUAAUGGUGGCACCGAUUCCGCCUCCUCGGGACCACAUUGUGUGGUCCCUGUUCAACUUUUUCUACAUGAACGCGUUCUGCCUCGGCUUUGUGGCUCUUUAUUUCUCGAUUAAGUCCAGAGACCGGAAGGUGGUGGGCGACUUGGAAGGGGCGCGAGAAUACGCCUCCACCGCGCGCUGCCUCAACAUUGUGGCGCUCUGUCUCACCCUGCUGUUCGUAAUCGUCAUCAUCGUCCUGUUGGCUGCGGGCGCUAUCGCCCUCCAGGAAAACAUCAGACAGAUUAUGAAGGAUAGGCAUUAGCCGACACGAUCACGUGGUUCUUUCCUUGCUUGCAUCUUUUUUCUGGAACGUCCUCUGUGGAUUCUGAUUUAAAACCAUUAUAUCCCUGAUAUGAAUUUAUAUUUUUCGUAUGCACUUAUCUUGGUUACAUUAAAAAAACAACCUAAUCCUGUUUUCUUAUGCAAUAGAGACUACAGUGGCACAUUUUCAUAUAAUUUUGUUGUUUAAACUAACUGGGGCACAGAUAUGUAUAGGCCUACAAUAUUUUUUGUAUAUCAUAUAUUAAAGUAUUGUUAAAAAAAAAAAAAAUCAAAUAAAGUAAGUAUGACUACU